CAAGCUUAUAUUAGCAGGGUUUAUGCGGAGUCAUAAAAAGUCAUUAAAUGUCUUAAAUUUACUACUAAGAAUUUUACGCCAUAAAAAGUCAUAAAAACGUCCAGAUUUUCCAUAAAAGGUCAUAAAUUUCAUUCAGCCACGUCUUAAAUUGAUAUGCUCGUUCAUUCAUUGGUUCUGCCAUUGCCAUGCACUGGCGGAAUAAUGUUAAAUGCACAGGUUAAAUGCGCCAAAAGCGGAACGCUCAUUUGAAACGGGCAGCCAAACGGCAGCCAAGCCCCAAAUACAUCAACCGGAAGUUGAAGCCGGCCCAGUGCCGCCAUCUUGUAGCAGAACUUCACCUGCGUUAGUAUUCCCAUUGACUCCCAUUCAUUUUGGCGUCACUUUGACAGCGAAUAACUUUACAUCUGAGGCGUUUAAAGACUCCAAUUGUCCAUUAUUUAUUUCUAAAGAAACACGACAAUGUAUAAAAGGCGCAUUACCUAUGUUACAUUAUGACCCCGUAGAAACCGUUUUUGUAAAGAUAGGCUAACUAUUGCGUCAUAACCACGUGACUCUCAGUCGCACAGUAGAGAGAUUACCGUAGAGACAGGAGGAGAAGCUCACAGGCAUUACAAAAUAAUUAAUCAAAAUACUUAUUCCUGCUCACUCAUGCCAAAUAACUUACUUAUAUUGACUGUCUUCUAUACUCUUUGCUCACGCUCGCCGUAUCUGCAAGAUUUACGUUAGUCUUGGCAGUUGGCCUGCACCGCUACUAGAAUAUUUACAUCUGUCAGUCAGGAUGCUCACGUCAUCAAGCUUAGUUUGAGUCUGCGCGUCAGGAAUGGAAGUGCAAAGCAAAUCGCUAAAAGUGUGCUUCACUUGUCUCAAUUGAGAUCCAAUGAGAAGACUCUGUCCACUUCUAUAUACUGUCAAUGACGGCAGCGCAGCGCGAGCUCACUACAACCAAUGCGUUUACUCUGUGAAUUGUUCACCUGUUUGGCAAGUGUUUGUCAUGAUAUGUUCUGACAAUAAAGAGUAACUGUAGUUAUCCUGGAAAUUUUGGACAAUCUCGAUGGCCGGACAUGUCCGGGAAAAAUAGGAUGCGGCAAACUGAUGGAAAUUUGGACAGGGAGAUUUUGGAAAAAAUUAAAUUACACCAUGGACCUCGAUUAUCUUCUGCCACAAAUUCAGUUGCUUCACCUACCUCACCAUCUUCUGCCUUGCCGCAUUCUCCACCACCGGUUUCUAACUGUCCACCAGCAUCACCCUCAGCUCCACCUGCCUCAUCAUCACCUGGUUCACUUUCACUUACCUCACCUUCUCCUGAUCCUCGAUCCAUCGUUGCACAAUUAAAGGCAGAGAAUGAAGCCCUCAAAAUUGAAUUAGAAAACAUUAAAACAAAUGUUGUCAGUCAAAUGCCAAAACUUCUUAUGACGAUGGGCAAGCUGGAAAAAUGGCUUGACGAGAAAGAGCAGACCCCACAGGAACUGCUAUCACCUUCCAGCAUACAGGAAACUCUUGAAAUUCACCCGGGCUCAGGAGUUUAUGUUCCCAAAAACGUGUUGUGGUCAGCUAGCCAUGCAAACACCCCCACUACUAUGGCACGGAUGCUCUUACUGGGAGUGUUUGAUAUCGAAACCCUUUUAAAGAGCAAUCUUAGAGGUGGCAAGUCCAAAAAUGUGAGCCCUGGGGAAACCAAAGAGCCAUUGGACAGGAUAAAGAUUGAUGCAAUAAUGAGUAUGUAUAUUACUUGGUUAAUUGGGCCUGAAUUGUGUAAAACCAAAUGUGACCGUCAAACCAUCAGAAUUGAUCAGUUUCAGUGUGAUGACACUUGCACUGGGUUCUCAAUAAUUCUUAAAUUUCAGUAACACAAGUUUAUCUACCAACAAUUUAAGUUAAUUUAGUGUUUUAGGUUAUUAUAAUUUGGCUGUUCUUAGAUAAAUGUUAUAAAACUAAAUG